CUUCUAUUUUUUUCACCAUGGCUCAAACCAAAAUAACAACCCAUUCCACCGAUGGUCAUACUGCUGUAGACUCGCUUCCAGUCACACCUUUAUCGCUGAAAGUGCAACGACAGUCAGGUAGCUCUAACUUGAUCGAGAUCUCCCGCAAGAUCCUGGAGCAACCGAUCGAUCUGAUCAUCAACAUGUCACAAGACGUUUUCACACAAGAAUCGAAGCUUAUGCCAAAAAGCACUAUUGGAAAACACAUACGUCAUAUGUCUGAUCACUUUCGUAUCCUACUCUCCAAUCCCGACUUAAGCUGCAAUGAUUUGAAUUACGAUUUAAGAUCUCGAAACGUUGCUGCUGAAACGGAUCCAACCGCCACCAUCCAAUUGCUUAGAGACUUGGAAUCCCGUUUGUCUACUCUUGAAGAUAUACCAUUCAGCCAGAAAGUUACACUCACAGCUACGAUAGACCCCAAUAUGCCACCGGAACAAUAUGCUUCUAGCCUCGGACGCGAAUUAUGGUAUUGCUGUAUACAUGCAAUUCAUCAUUAUGCGUCUGUGAAGACCAUCUGCUUGGAGCACGGAUUGGAUGUGCCCGAUAGUUUUGGUGUCGCUCCCUCAACGCUACAGCAUGCUCAGGAGUCACACCACGACUGAUGUACAAAUUCUUCUUAAUCUAGGAUAGUUGUUUUGAACGGUUAUGCUUUUUACACAGCUGUGUUCUGCCAUUGAUCACAACGAACAUGACAUUGGAGUAAUCAUCAAUCAUUUCUUCGGCAUCUCUUUAUAUGUGUAAUUUACUCGAACUUUACCCGCUAUUUUCAUUGAGAAACCGCCUUACGUGAUUUUACAUAAUUCACUUUUUCUAAAAGCCAACGUUCACUUAACAAUAAUGCGAUAGUAAGGAGAGGUUG